GCAAUAGCCGAAGCGUUCUGUUUCAAAACAAAGAUUUGGGUUUGCUACAAAAUUGUUUGAUGUUUUGAUGAGAAGGUGAGUUGUACUACAGUUAAAUUGGCAUAAACUUUACUUUGAAGUGUAGAUAUUUUAUACGGAAGUAUUUAACAUACAGUAUAUAGUGUUUUAUAUAGUGUAAUGCCUGUAAAAUCAGUCAGUACGUCGUCCAGUUUGUAAUAUGUCCCGUAUAGUGUUUAUAGAUGGACCGACGGACUUAGUAUGGGAUUCUAGUUCUGUUGUCCAAUCUUUCAAUCAUAGCUGUAUGUGUAUUUUUUAUAUAAUAUGAUCGUAAGUUAAUAAAAGUAUCACUAGUAAUUGCGCACACUUUGCGGACAUAUUUCCUGGUUGAAGUUGUCGUGUUGGUAUAUGUAGUUCUCACGGGGAAAAUACGACAUAAAAUCAAUACGAAUUAUGAGACGAUAGCUACAGAUUACAGGAAGAAAUUUUCAACAUUUAGGAAAACUGAACAUGGCGAAAUAUGUUUGAGAUUUGGAGGAAUUGAGUGUUUUAGAGCCCGGUGUCACGCGAAAUUCCUGACUUGCGAAAUAUCUGACUAUUGUAGAAUUGCCCAUGCGCAGACGAUGCGCAUGAAUGACUUUGGCUCAUAAAUUUCGCAACUCAACAGACAACACGUGUAUAUUUAUAAAGUCAUUUUAUUUACACAUAAAUUUUCCAACAUCAAUUUCAACUGAAUUGACACUAUAUACCACUGAUUGUGAACGUUAGCGUUCAGCGAUAAUAAAGCUUGAAUCGCAGAUAUGGAAAAAAUCACUCGAAAAGCGAUCUUAAUGAUAUAAAUAGACUCCAGUUUCAAAGGUUAUGCUAUAUGCAUUACUAUACUAUAAGCACCAAAAAUUGUUUCGCGUUUGACUUUCUCACUAUUUAGUAAGCAGCAACAAUGAGUUCGUGAGUUGGCCGUUUAGAUUUGGCGAUGUCUAUAUUAGAAACACUUGGUAACAUUGCAUAUGGACUUAAAAAUCGUUUCUACCGACCGUAUUUAGCAAACGUCGUGUAUUUCGCGGUCACGACCACACAAUUCGCUUUGAAAUUUAAAGUGUGAUUGAAACUUAGCGAUGUCGAUUUGAAAUAUUUAACGAAGUAUUAGAAAUUAACAUCAUGAUUAUUUUAUCUAAACUCUAAAAGUCCUAAAAAACAGUUUUGGCCGAUUUAGAAUUUAGCAUGCGUCAUGUAUUUCGCGCCUGUACGCGCGAAAUUUCUGACCGGUCACGCUAGGUCGGGUAUUUCGCAGAGGUCAGGAAUUUCGCUUGACACCGGAAGCAGUUUCUUUCGCUUUAAUUGUUGCGCAAUGCGCACCGCCGCACCAGAUGCAAAAUUGCCAGAAUUAGAUGGUUUUCAAUUACGUACAUUUGAGUUGCACAAAAUAUGAUUCCUCCCAAAUAGUAAUAAAAGACUGUAUCGGAUUCAAGUUUCUAAUACUCUUAUAGCCCAUGUUUACAUUACAAGCCAAUAACUGGUCACAAAAUAGAGACACACAGAAGGUUGACUCUGCUAGAUAAGUGUAAUUGCUGCCACACCAUGAUUCCCAAUGAUCUGUCAACAAAAUGCACUUGUCAUUUUCCUGGCUAAUGGUUCUUAUAACCCAGAGUGUUGGCCAGGAUUUCAAAAGUGGCCGUCCAAAAUAAUUUUGUGGGUGUAGUCAUAAAUUUUUGAGGCCGUGAUCCAGGCCCGGAGCUACGGGGGGUGCGGGGGGGUGUGACACCCCCCCCCCAGUAAUUGUAUUCAGUCGGUAGGACUGCUAUUCAGUCGGUAGAACUGCUAUUUGGGUUAAAUAUUUUUGGCGCAAAGGGCAAGAACGUGGUGGGAAUUUUAGGAAAAUUUUUAGGAAAAAUGUAAAAAUUUUGGAAAAAUUUUGGGUUUUUUUUAACCAGUCGGUUGAAUUGACCUUAUUACACACCCCCCCCCUGAAGAAUUUUCUGAGGACGGCCCUGCCGUGAUCACAUGUUUUUGGGCGUAGCCGCAAUUUUUUGUUGUCGUGGAAUUGUGGUGUUCUAUUCGUUGAACUUUUUACUUUUAGUUUUAGAUGCACAUUUCAAUCAUUUCAUCACAAAGCUUGUAAAUUGUUAUUUGAACGAAAUAUUCCCUUAGGCCGUCCAUUAAAAUUUAGCCGUCUGAAUUCAGAAGUGGCCGUCCGUAGGAGAUGGUCGGACGGCCGCAUGGCUAACACCCUGCUUAUGAGAGGUAUUUACAUAUUUUAUAUAAGAACAUUACAACCUGUUUCAUCCAUAUCAACAUCUUUUCAAUAUAUAACAUAUUUUUGGCCGACUAUAUUAAUAGCUUAUGUCACAGACCAUGCUUUAACUAAAGGUUUGUGGUACAAGCUAGGCCUACUUGGGUAUGGCUGUAAUUUUUAUCACCGUUAUUAAGCAUGGGCAUGGGCGUACAACAUCCUUGACUCAUUUGAUUGAUAAAAAAUAUAUGGCAGAUGAAUAAAUUGAUUAUUUAUGGCAUUUUUGACUCUUUUAUUUGUGUGAUGCAACGAGGAACAAUUUUAACUCGUACAUUCACUACACUGUUGUUGAAAGGGUCUUAAUUUUUAGUAGAUCUCCAGCCCUAUAUAAAGUGUCAAUUUUGCAGAUUAUAAAUGAUGGUAAUUGUGUUUUCAGCUGUAGUUACGAUGGCUGAAUCACUUCGAUAUAAAGUUGAGGAACAUUUGACUUGCUCUGUUUGUUUGGAACCAUUUAAAGAUCCCAAAGUUUUACCUUGCCUUCAUUCAUAUUGUCAUGUCUGCAUUGUAAACCUGGCCAAGAAUGCAAAUUCCAAUACUAUCAACUGUCCCGAGUGUCGAUUGGUAGUAGAGGUAGGAAAAUGAAUAAUUAAUUACCGAUUAAGUUGCAUAAUUGUGCCACAAUACAGCCUACUUAACUGAUUUACUUUCACUGUCUAAGCCCAGAUGAUUUUACUCAUCAAGGGAGAGUACUGGUCAUCAAUGGGUUAAUAUGUCAAAAUUUAAAGAAAAUGAAAUUCACACUCAGAGUAACAUCACAAACAUCAUAUUUGCCUACAUAACACCAACACACAUGAAAAAGUAUCAUAUCAUAGACUCAGUUCCGAAAAAUAUCACCAACUCGAACCAACUUGGCCUUGUAGCUCAGUUGUUAGAGCCAAUGACUAUAGUAUCAGUCCCGAUUCCCACUGUGGUCGACCCGGCAAACUUUUCAGGUUGCCUGGUGCGGAUGAACACUCAGAGUAACACCACAAACAAUGUCUACUUUAUUAUUUUACUCUCUUUCUAAAGCCCAAGUCACACUACACAACGAUAACGAUACGAUAACUUGUAUACGCGCGCUGAUUGGUCAAAAAUGUAUCGUUAUCGUUCGACUGAACAAAAAAAUCGCUCAGGUGAGCGAUUUUAAAAUCGUUAUCGUUAUCGUCAAACGAUAAUUUUAUCAUUUUCGUUGUAGUGUUGACACUAACACAAUUUUUUUUCCAAUUAUCGCGUGUUUACAAUUUAUCGUAUCGUUAUCGUUGUGUAGUGUGACCGGGCCUUAAUGCCAGAUGAUUUUCUCGUUGCAUGAGGGAAGAGUACUGGUGCUCAAUGGCCGGGUUAAUUCUUCUUCCCUUUGUAUCAAAUGAAAUAUGUGUGUAGUGAUUGGAUUAAUUGAUUUCCCUUGCUCGUGUUAGCAUGAUAUCUCAUUUUGCUGCACACAGUAAAUGAUAAAUCAUAUUUGUCAACUGUAUUUGAUGCUACAGUAAACACAUAUUGUAUGCCGAUGUUUACUCUGUUUCCAUAUAUAAACCUGAUAAACUGAGCAUAGAAACUAAAUCACCUGGAAUCGACAGGUAGACAGGGGGUUAUUUCCAAUCCUGGAGCUAGCCAGAAUUUGAGAAUGUUUUAUGUGGGCCUCUCAUUUAAUAGAUGCAACAAAACUUUUCUGAAGUAUUAUAUUUUAUGGAUAAUUUUAGUAUUUCAGAAAUAUUGGCUUGUUAUGGCUGGUUGAAGGAAACACCGCGUUCAUUUUUCACCUUACGUUUUUGGAACAAACAUUAAUUAAACAGUAAUUGCAUAAACGUUCACUGAUUACUAGAUAACUAUCAUACGCUGCAUUUAUUGUUAGGACAGCUUAGAGGUUGGUAUACCGGUAUUUGGCAAGUGUAAAUUUGUCUUGGCUAUACUGCGUGUCGUAAUACGACAUGGGUCACACACGUAAAUUAAAGACGCACAACAUACUGUAUAAAAACCUGAAGCAUCCAGAUAUACCAACGGUAUUGUUAUUAAGACGUGUUCACUCUUCAGUUCUUGUUCUCAGCAUGUCGAUAAGUUAUCAAAGGCCUGUUGAUAAUUUGUUACAAGGUCUUUGACUGUUAACAAGUUGUGAGUGACAAUCAUAUAAAACUUGACAAACUAACAACGUUGUCAUAACUUGUUGGCAAGCUUGUUGAAAGUCUGUUCAGUGUUGACAAGAUGUGAAGAUUUUUGCGUGUGUGUAGCUAAAUUUGGCAUAGAAAAUUGCCGCUAGUUGGAAAUAUGCUCUUUCAAAAAGUCUAGAACUCUGGAUUGCUUUGAGGUGUGGGCUAUUUAGUCCAACGUUUUUCUGACUGUUACAGCAAAAGUUUGAGGGUACUUAUUUUUCCCAGCUUUGAAAAUUACGAACGUGUGGACGUGUCGAAGCUGUGUAUGCCCUUGUAUAACCCCGAAAAAAUACUUUAAAAUCUUCCGUAUAUAUAAAAAACUUGUUAUGUACUAGUAAAGUUACUAAAAUCCAGGUAUCGUAUGUUUAGUUCUUACUUUAAAACUAGACUAUUUAGUCCGUGUGUAAUUGUGACCUUGAAAAGUGCCUAAAAAAUUUUCAUGAUGCAUGUCUUAGAUCUGAAAUACUUUUACGGAAACUAACACUUUCGAACACGCUGAUUUCAAAUCCGAAAAGUUCCCACUCCGUAGACCCGCAGUUUUUUCACAAAAUGCUAUUUUAUCUUCACUAAUUUCACAACAAAUUUUUUCAUUGUUCAACGACACGGAUCGAUGAUGAUACACGAUUAUGUCACUCAAAAGGACCAAUUUCUAUUAACCAUUCUUCCUUUAAACAAAAGACCGGUUUUACUCGAAUCAUUUUGAGUUAUGCAAUCUUAUGCGUGUUGGACGUAAACAACAUAUCUUGUCUACAACUUUGAGAAGGUACAGAUAAUUCCUUCUAAAAUCCUUAGUUCUGGAACUAUCUCUAUAAAAUCACAAGGACGUUAAUGUCAAGUCUUUGUGCUAUGUCUCUGGGAUGAGAAAUAAUUCCUUACAUGCGAUCAAAAUGUUUUAUACAAAGAUAUAAAACGGUAAUCUAUAUGUAAUGGAUCAGCAUUGAAAUUUCCAACACGGUUUCCGAGACGUAAUUCAAGAUUAACUUAUCAUUGCAUUUGAACUAUUACAUCAGUUGGUGUUAUACUGUGCGAUAAGCGAAUAUUAUUGGACAGAGGGCUUCUAUAUACGUUGAAAUCAUCAAAAUUAAUAAACAGCUCAUGCACACAUUUCUGCACUCUGUGGUAAGUUUACAGAGCAUAUUUUAUACUUUGGGACUGAUCUUUGUCUUUGAUGUGAACAUUUAUUCUCAUAGUUUAAGGUUAUUUAAGAUUGAUCCUGUCCUAAGUCUUCUAGCAGCAACCAUUCGACAAUAUUUCAUUUUAGCGCUGUCUUUGCCGUUACGUUGGCUUCGCGUUACUUUUGUUUUAAAUAACCUGAUCGCGUUAAAAGAGUUAUUUUUCAGGCCAGUGACAUAGCUAAAAGACUAGUUGCAUUAAUGUCCUUGUGAUUUUAUAGAGAUAUCUCUAGAACUGAUGAUUUUAGAAAGCGUUAUCUGUACCUUCUCAAAGUUGUAGACAAGAUAUGUUGUUUACGUCCAACACGCAUAAGAUUGCAUAAAUCAAAAUGAUUCGAGCAAAACCGAUCUUUUGUUAAAAGGAAUAAUGGUUAAUAGAAACUGGUCUUUUGAAGUGACAUAAUCGUGUAUCGUCGUCGAUCCGUAUCGUUGAACAAUGAAAAAAUUUGUUGUGAAAUUAGUGAUAAAGGUAAGAUAAAAUAGCAUUUUGUGAAAAAACUGCGGGUCUACGGAGUGGGAACUUUUCGGAUUUGAAAUCAGCGUGUUCGAAAGUGUUAGUUCCCGUAAAAAUAUUUCAGAUCUAAGACAUGCAUCAUGAAAGUGAACGAUAUCGGGUCACAACACGCGGACUAAUUCUCUAAAACAAAUAUUUGGAUUUAACUUUCAGUCGUUUAAUAGACCUGACUAGCCAACUUGUAGCUGGACGUCAAGAAAGCCCCUAUGAUAAUUUUAUUUACUUGUUCUAAAAGCGUUAUCCAAUGCAUAGGUCAACGAAAACACUGUUUCCACUUUGCCAUCAAACUUCUUCGUCAACAAUCUCCUAGCAACAAUGACGCUGACAAAUGAUGAGCCCGCUGCGAAGAAGAUUGUUUGUGACAGCUGUGACAGUGAAGAUGCUGCUCAAAGCCGUUGCAAUGAAUGUGCAGUAUUUCUUUGUCAAUUUUGUACCGAGUUUCAUAAACGAUCUCGGUUAAUGAAACACCACGAGCUGAUGACGAUGGAGCAAUUGAAAUCCAAUCCAGGUCCCCAGAACAUUGCUGAGAAGAUACGAUGUCCCAAACACAAGCAAAAAGCCAUCAAGUUGUUUUGUAAAACAUGUCAAACAACCAUUUGUAGAGAUUGCAUCAUCGUUGAUCAUCGGCAGCAUGAGUAUGGGUUUGUUGAAGAAGUCGCUGUCGAAGAAAAACGUCAUUUGCAAAGCAAUCUUAAUGAAGUAAAGCAAAGAAAAGGAAGAGUUGCACAGGGAAUUGUAAACCUGAAGAAAUUUAAUGAAGGUCUGGAGGCUAAGAAGAAUUCAACAAUCUCAGAAAUCAGUCAGCACUUCGAUCAAAUUGUCAAAGCUGUGGAAUCUCGGAGAAGAGAAAUGAUGGAAAGAGCGACUUCUAUCACGAAUUUCAAACAAAAGCAGAUUCACGCGCAGUUAGAGGUCUUAGAAGUGGCUUUAGCAAGUUGUGAAAGCAGCAUCGAGUUUACAGAGCAAGCGUUCAAGAAUGGCAACGAUGUUCAAAUAUUAAGCAUGGAGAAGUACAUUUUGCAGUCUUUGGAGCAGCUGAAAGCUGUUAAAGAUCAAACGAAGCCUUGUGUUACUGAAGACAUGAGGUUUAUCAUUCCUUCGUCGGUGCAGGAAAAAAAGAAAGAGUUGUUGAUUGACUAUGACGUAGAUGUCACUGUAGCAAACCCUGAAAGUUGCACGACUUCCUUUAAAGAAACCAAAGCAACAUUUAAUCCUGGGAAACAGUACUCCAUAACAUUAAUCUGUCACGACAAAAAUAACCGAAGAUUAAGAUACGGAGGUCAGGACAUCAAACCGUCGUUCACUGGAAUGGAGGUCAGUGAUGUUGCCGUUACUGAUAAUAAAGAUGGCUCCUACACUAUCAGUUUUUGUCCUCGUCAGGGUGGAAUGUUGAAGUUCGAGGUAUCCAUCGAUGGAACGCCUGCUCCAAAUUGUUCUUUGACAAAACAAGUGAAGUGGGUUAUAAAUGAUGCUCGUGGUAAAGGUCCUAUCACUGAUGGUGGACGUACAAUGACGGGUGAUGGUGCUUACUGUUGUAGAGUAGGUGGAUGUUACUUUGAUUCCGGAGUUCACACGUGGAAAGUUCGAUUGAGUAACGUUUCCUGGGGUCAACAACUCAUUUCUGAAGUUGGAAUCAUCGACUAUGACGAAAUUAAUGCAGAUAUUGCUCAAAGCAAAAAGAAGUGUGUUCAUAAGCAUUCUGUCCCAUUUACUUUAGGUGAUGAUAUUUCCUUCACUCUGGACAUGGAAAAAAGAACCUUGAACGUCAAGGUUAAUUCGAGUCGUCGUGGCUAUAAUACUACUAACAGCUAUCAGUUCACUGCACGUCGUGUUUCACCUUUCUUUGCGUGCAGCUCACCUUUACUGUUUAUUAAUUUAGUGGAAUGAAAACAUUUAACUGUCGGUGAAAUUCAAUGCUGUUUAUGAACGGAACAAAAACUGCGGGAAAAUCGCGAUGCCUGCCAAAACGCGAGUUUCGUAAAUUAUUGUUGCAACUGUUGCUAAAAUAUAUCGAAUAAAGCUAAAACAAAGUAAUUUUGAGAGGAACGCCAAUAAGAUUUUAGGUUUUGAACAUUUUCUUUGGAAAUACGCGAUAUUGAAAAAAAUCGUUGAGUUGAUCCUUACUGGACCUCUAAGAAGAAUUAACAGUUUAGGACUGUGGAGCUAUCCAGUAUAAAUAAAGGUAGUUUAGUUUCGCUUACCUCAGAUUAAAAUCGCUAUAGUUAUUAUAAUUUCUCCUAAGAUUUAUUUCGUUGGCAAAGCUCAGGAGUGGAUUAUCGUCCCCCUCUUCCACAUAAUGAAUACAGUCCCCCCUUCGCCCACGGUAACAUUGCCAAAUUUCACUUGCUUUUUGCUCCCCCCGACAUAGUCUUGAACUUUGAGUAUAAGAAAAUUUGUGAAGCCAUUGUUUUGAAGAUGAUGGCCCGCUGUAUUAAAUCUUGCCCCGAUGAAAAGAGUUCAAAAUCUAAAAUCUUUUUGGGCGUUCCUCUCAAAAUUACUUUGUUUUCGCUUUAUUUUGUAAUUUACACAGUUCGCAACCUUUUUAAACGUAUCUGGCGGUUGAGAAAUACAAAAUAAUAGUUACAUAUUGUCAAUUUAAAUAUACAGUUCUUGUAGUUAUUAGUUAGUCAUCGAUCAUAUUUAUACAGCAAUAUAAGCAAAAUUUACUGAACUUCAGAGAUCAGUUCCUCUUUGGCGUGCCAUCUAAUAUCUCUUCAUUUUAGCAGAAUUAAUUUGACAGAUUUUUUAAAAUCAGAUUCUUGUAAAGUUUGUUUGUCGCUUGAGAAACGUAUCAAAAAUUAAAAAAUUGAAUAUAGUCAUAAUCAAGUGGAAAAGAAUAUUCAUUAGUAUUGUGCGCGUGUCACGUGACAUACAAACAUUGAACUAUAAAUAAACUGGAAGGCUAACUCAGGGGGGGGGGAAAUUGAAGCCAGUGCAUUUUAGUUUUUCUGAGUUAUGAGCAGAAAUACUCAACACUGAACGUUGGGCUAUAUAUAAAAUUGAAGCUAUUGAAAAACGCUAUUUGGUGUAGAAAUUUCAAGAUUUUAGCUAAAAGGGAAGUACUGAAAAAUUACAAACAUAAUUACCGAUAAUUUGCCGUUUUGCAGUUGUUUUUGUAUUUUUUAAAUAUUUUUCUUUUCGCUGAAGUCUUGAAAUUUCCACACCGAAUAGCAAUUUUCAAUAGCUUCAAUUUGAUAUGUAGCCGGACGUUUGGGGUCAAGUAUUUCUGCUCAUAACUCAGAAAAACUAUUUUGGCUUCAUCAAAUCAUAGGCCUUCAUCAUAGCAGUUAGCCUUCCAGUUUAUUUAUAGUUCAAUGCAUACAAAAGACUCUCACACAACGGUGUAGUGGACUGGAACACAGGCUAAAUUAGUGCCUCUGACACAAAAUAUGAUUUUCAGUCUAUUGAAAGUACUCAUUUAGUGUAGUGUUCUAGCGAAAGAAUUUUUCGAUUUCAUCCAAACGAAAAAAUGUUAGAGCCGUUUGGACACGCAAAAUUUGGGCU